AUGUAUGAUGAGUUUAAGUCCAUCAUAAUUGAAACAAAUCCAAGAAGAAGAAUUGAAAGUCAAGAUGAAAGCAAUAAAAGUGAUGAAGAAGAUUUUAAUACAGAUGAAGGUAGCUUAGUUUAUGAUGAACAUUAUGAGGAAGAUGAAGAAUUAAAUAUU